AAAGUUGUAAAGUGAUUCCAUGAAUGAGCUCUCACGACAUCAGUUGGCACUCUCCAGCAUCGGUUUAUUUCUCGUCAGAUUUGGACGUGAAGCGGAUCGCUGGAAAGCUGCGCGGGUGUUGGACCGAUCUUCUCCUCAGACAGGAGAGUUGUUGUGAAAGAGUUUUGCAGAAGAGCAGCAGCAGCAUGGAUUACUUUUUAUUUCGCCUCUUCUGUUCUUUGGCUUUGGCGUCGCUUUUGGUUCAAAGGGCAGACUCAAAUGAGAUCCUGGGACUAAAGAUCCCCUUUGACCCCAUCCUCAAUGCCAACACGGUGUGUUUGACCCUGCCAGGCCUGACAAAGAAACAGCUGGACGUUUGUAUGAGAAAUCCAGAUGUGACGGCCUCAGCCAUACAGGGCAUUCAGAUUGCCAUUCAUGAGUGCCAGCAUCAGUUCCGAGGGCACCGCUGGAACUGCUCAAGUUUGGAGACCAGGAAUAAAAUCCCUUACGAGAGUGUGGUCUUCAGCAGGGGUUUCAGAGAAAGCGCAUUUGCUUAUGCCAUUGCUGCAGCUGGUGUGGUGCAUGCCGUGUCUAAUGCCUGUGCCAUGGGCAAACUGAAGGCCUGCGGCUGUGACGAGAAGCGCAGAGGAGACGAGGAGGCGUUCAGAAUCAAGCUCAACCGUCUGCAGCUGGAGGCCAUCAAUCGAGGCAAAGGCAUGGUGCACGGUGUGAUGGAGCACUUCCCUGCCGAGGCACUCGGCCCCCAGGACUCCUGGGAGUGGGGCGGCUGCAGUCCCAACGUGGAGUAUGGGGAGCGCUUCUCCAAGGACUUCCUGGACUCCCGCGAGACGUACAGAGACAUUCACUCCAGGAUGAGACUUCAUAACAACAGAGUUGGCAGGCAGGUUGUGGUGGACCACAUGAGGAGGAAAUGCAAAUGCCAUGGUACAUCGGGCAGCUGUCAGCUGAAGACCUGUUGGCAGGUGACUCCAGAGUUCAGAACGGUGGGCUCGCUGCUGAAGGAGCGCUUCAACGUGGCCACGCUAAUCAAAGCCCACAACAGAAACACAGGUCAGGUGGAGAAUGCCCACCACACACACCGGCGGAGAGCCAACAUCAAUGACCUGGUCUACUUCGAGAAGUCCCCUGACUUCUGUGAGAGGGACCUUGGGUCGGACUCUGCCGGGACGCAAGGCCGGAUCUGUAACAAGACCAGCCAGGGAAUGGACAACUGUGAGAGCCUAUGCUGCGGCCGGGGCCACAACAUCUUACAGCAGACUCGCAGCGAACGCUGCAAUUGCAAGUUCCACUGGUGCUGUUACGUAGUGUGCGAAGAGUGCAGGAUAACAGAGUGGGUCAGUGUCUGCAAAUGAAAUAAGCAAGCAUCUAAGAAACGUACAAAAACAGACACUAAAUAUAGGGAUAGACUGGAAAGAUCCCUCCCUUGCGCAAUGGACUGCCGUUUCCAUGAUUCCCAUGGAAAGCACAAAUGAGAUGAAUUGAGUGCUAGAGAAGUGUGCAAGUGUUUGCACGCUGCAUGGGUCCAAGCACAAGAUUUCAGACUGAUUUUGGACUUGCACUGCAUAUAAUUUCAGAAAGUAUUUUUAAUUUAAAUAAAUUAAGAAUAUG